UGUAAAAAAUGUCAUGAUAGUUACACGCUUCAUGGUGUCAUAAAAUAAAUCGCACUGGUUUUUGCUUAGGUCAGUGACUUAAUAAUUGAAGAUGAAUGUAAAAACAGUAGGUUGCUUAUUUUUUAGAUCCUUGUGUCCGUGUUACACAUAUGUUCCGCUGCCAUUAAGGAGCCCUUGUCGAGGUCAUCGACAAAACACAAGCCAACCACCACAACAUGACAGACGAGCACAGAGAUGUGGAUUCAGUCCAGCUGCAUCAUCAAAAUAUGAUUGGAUCGGUCCACCAGACAGAUUCUCAAACCUGAGGCCAAUCAUAUAUCACAUCCCAGAGAAUGAGACACCACUGGAAAGGAAGUUGAGGCAUCUGAGACAAGAGACCGAAGACUGGAACCAUAAGUUCUGGACCAAUCAGAACAUCACGUUCAGUAAGGAAAAAGAAGAAUAUGUACAGUCACAACUGAAGGCAAAAGGGUUUUCAGAGAGAGAUGAACAAGGAAGGAAAAGGACUUUAAGCAGUGAGGAAAUGGCAGUCUUCUACAAACACUUCUUGGAUAAAAAUGUGAAAAGGCAUGCCAGUUAUAACAGGGAAUGGUAUAGACGUAAUUUCACCAUUACACUUCUAAUGGCUGAAGUAGCUCUACACAGAACAUGGAGGAUGCUGACAGGACAGGGGAGAAGAACUAGCCGGGAGAAAGGCAAAUCUACAUGAAACUCAAAUAAAGACUGUAAAUCAA